CCACGUUGCACAAUGUGAUGGGUUUAUAACUUAUAUUGUUCAUGCCUGCGUGUUAGGUGUCUUAUGCAGAAGUCGCUAAGCAUUAUCCAAUGGGAACAAUGAGUAAGCCUGCCUACUUCAUAGCAGUGCUUCACUCCCAAAAGGCGAUAGUUAUAGCAUUGAAAGGGACAUCAACUAGACAAGAUAUGCUGGUGGAUAUGACACAUACAGCAGAGUCGUUCAUGGGGGGAUAUGCACAUUAUGGGAUGUUAAGAGCAGCAAUGAUGAUAGACCAAGAAGAGCGUGGACUAGUCAUGGAGCUUUUGAAGCAAAAUCAGGGUUACAGUCUGGUGCUUACGGGCCAUUCCCUUGGAGGUGGUGUGGUAUGCUUGUUGUCGAUGAUUUGGCGGCAAAAACUUGUUGAAAGUAAUGGCCACUCUGGCGAUGGGUCAGGUUUGUCCGUACUUGGAGUGCACCCCGACAUGAUCUCCUGCUGGAGCUUCGCAACACCUGCGUGCGUGUCAUAUGACAUUGCAGUUCGGGAAGAGUACAUUCAUUCGAUUAUUCUUCAGGAUGACAUUGUACCGCGCCUUUGUGCAGCGGCUGUGGAACAAGUGAGGAGAGAGGUCCACUCCCACUCACUGAGUGGUAGCUCACAAAACCCAACACAAAUCAAUCGGGCCAUACAAGUUGCUCGGCAAGUGGUGAAGCCUGUUCUUGGUAGAGUUGCCAGUACUGCAGGCAAUGCAGGGCGGAAGAUUGGUCUAUCACCUACUGCAAUCAGGGCUGUUACUACAGGCCCCGUAUCCAAAUAUGCAAAAGCAUUGGCGUCGGCAACGGUGUUUGGGUUUGCUGCGGCAUCUCAGGAGAGAGGGAAGAACGGGAGUGUGAAAAAUGUGAUGACUAAGUUCCACCAGGGUGCCAAAAUUGGCGCAUCGGUGUUUCUCAAUCGAGGAUCUUCAACGAGGUCCGCUGAUCCAGCAGGAAGGGGAGAGCCUUCGGAGGAGGACCAGGUGGUUGCAUCUGCGUUGCGGCAAAGCAUAUAUGCGAGGCCUGGUGAUCCAGAUAGCUUCAGACAAAUGGUGGCUCCAGGCACCCUGUACCAUAUUCUACGAAUGCCCUGGGACGACUACAAUGGAGGAGGAGGAGGAGGAGCACCGUAUCGGCAUGUCAUUAUGAAGGCGCAGAACCGUCAUGACCGGUUCACAAAAAUCGUUCUUUCAAAGAGAAUGAUUCUGGACCAUCGGAGGCGGAGUUAUCGUGCGGCGAUCGAUGACGUAUUGUUCUCUUUGGAAUCGCCACGGUCACAAGCUGGAGCGUAUGGGGAGGGGGCAAGCUAGCCAGGCCCGAUGAGCUGGAAGCAGCAACUGAGCUGCUACUACUUCGACAAGCACUGGCAACAAUGCACCUUUGGAAUCGCCACGGUCAGGAAGCGAGCCAUCCAGUGGUGAGUUGGAAAGACCGAUCGACGGCUGUUAUUGCUUGCAGGUUGAGCCUGAAGGGGAUCUGGACUGGGUGGGUGGGUGGGUGGGUGGGUGGGUGGGUGGUGGCCAUACCUCUUUUUUUUUCCUUUGCAAGAGUCAGAGGCACUGGUCAUCAUGGAACUGACCAGCCGCGGCCCUCAGGUAAGUCGGCCUUAUUUUUGCUCAACUGGUCGCAGAAGCAGGAUUUGACCCCAGGUCGCCUUACCGACAGUUACAUAGGGUGGUGGGUACCUCAACAGGCACUGAAGGAGGAAUUGACUACUGUCGUGCGUUGCAGGACUUGGAAGGAGAACUGAACUGAGUGAGCUAGUGGGUGCUAGCUGCGCGCCACCUCAAUAAGCAACGAAGCAUAAGGUGCAAGGUGUGACUUCAAGCUACCACCUUCCCCCGAACAGAACAUACGAUAAUUAUAGCUGAAUUCGGUGCAAUUUUCAUUGUAGAUAGAGUAUUAGUGAUCCGUACGUUAUGUUGGGGGGAAGACGGUAGCGAUCCAGCAGCAAGCAGGAGGCAUCCUUCUUACCGUGUGGCGGGUCUUCACUCUCAUCCGAACCAGUGAGUUCGAACCGCCAAGCGUAAAAGGGUUAACUCCAAUUAAGUGAUUGGUGUUCUUCAAGCUAUCGCUUGGGGGUCAAGCUGGAAGGAGGAGGGAGACUGGACCGAGGGCCUACUCGCACAACGACUUUCUCUACUAAGCUCUGGACGUGCGGUCAGGUGCACCCAGGUGCGCCAUAAUUGCUCUAAGUGUUGUAGUAUACUGAGCUGUGUCUUCAUCCUGUCGAUCAGUCGCUAUGUGCUUUUGAUGGGUUUACCAAAGGUUCCAUCAUGAACCCAUAUCACAUCGAGUUGGAACAUACGGUCAUUAUGCCUGUACUUGGGCCAACUUUUAGUUUGAUUGAAAUUCGGGCCUCAACCCAUUGUAGUGUGUCGAUUGACUGACUGAUCAGUCAGUAAUUGGCAUAAAAGCAUUGUUGCUGGCUAUGCAGAGUUGGAACAUACGGUCAUUAUGCCUGUACUUGGGCCAACUUUUAGUUUGAUUGAAAUUCGGGCCUCAACCCAUUGUAGUGUGUCGAUUGACUGACUGAUCAGUCAGUAAUUGGCAUAAAAGCAUUGUUGCUGGCUAUGCAGAGUUGGAACAUACGGUCAUUAUGCCUGUACUUGGGCCAACUUUUAGUCUAGAUACAGCGGUAAUUCCCCUUGGGGCAAAUGGCUGGAGCUACCAUUUGCUUCCUGCUAUCAUAACUCCAUUGCUUGGGGGCUGCUAUCAUAAUUCCAUUGCUUGGGGGGAAUGGAUUAGCCUUUGAUGAACUAGCGUCUUCCCCCGAAUAGAACGUACACCGUACGGUCAUUUUGCCUGUAUUUGGGGCAACUUCCAGUCUAGAUGCAGCGAUAACAACUGUACAUUCUAGUCGGGGGGAAGACGGUAAUUAAUAAUUAUUAAUUAUGGAUGGAAUGAAACCCCAGGUCGGCGGUCGCCAUUAUCAGCAGCCAUGAUGCCACGGGACUGUUUGAUCGAUGAAACAGCGGUCUGAUGCAUCACACCAUUGCUUCUGGGUGCAGUGAAUUCUCUCAUUGGACUGAAGUUGGCACUCAUAUAAGGCCAAAGCGAUUGGUAAUGUGAUCCUUCCUUAGCGACGGCGGAAAGAUCGGUCAUUUGUAACGCGUCCAAGAUGAGAGAGGACAAGAGAGAGGCAUGGCUAAUGAAAGGGUUUAAACUUUAAACUGUACAGUUCUUGGCAGCAGAUUGAGCAGUUAGUUGCCUCUACAGCAGUAUGUCGAAAUGAGCCGUACUUAAGGAUUGGCAGUCCAGUCACUCACAGUGUGCAAGGUGUGGACAAGAGAAAGGCACGUCAAUGAAAAAAGGAUUCAAGCUGUGAUACUGUGCAGGGCAUGAGGAGUUGUAUCUGCACCCCUACGCCAGAAUGAGCAGUAUGCAGUCCUUUGAGGUACUAUGUCGUACCACGGUACUAUGCGGUACCAUGCUGGUAUGCGGUACUAUGCGUUACUGUGUGGUACUCUGUGGUACUAUAUGGUACCGCGGUACUAUGUGGAACUUAUGGAUCGAAAGGGGACCGGCUGUUCAACUGAACAAGGGGACCGGCUGUUCGACUGAACCGGCGGUUACUCCUGAGCCUUACUCACUCGUACUGUGCACGGUGGCUAGAUGGCGUCAAUGAAGAAAGGAGGAAUGUGCAGUGAAUGAGGAGUUGUGCCUGCAGGCUGCAGCAGUAUGUCAGCAUGAGCGAUAUGCGGUACUUGUCCCAUUGACGGCAGACUGGUCAACGGGUUACAUGCGGUAGUAUUGCAGCACGCUAAGAACAUGAGCAAGGGAUGGUCGAAGCUGUGCAGUGCAUGAGGAGCUGUAUCUGUAUAUUCUGCAAAUGCCGGUGAUACAAAGUUCCGUCAACGGGUUAAGUGACCACACAGCGGUAACGCGAGACCAGUUGUUAAAGACCUGUCAACAGUGAAGAUCUACCUUGUGGGUACAGUAAUACGGGCAGCUUCAGAUUUGUGGGUGGCGCAUGAGUUCGUGAUGAUCGCUUUACUCUCUUCCGAAUUGGUUUGCUGCACUCUGGACGACCUGAGGACUCAUCUUGGGCUGUGCAGCGAGGAUUCUUGCGCUGCCAACGCUUUGGCCAACGCUUUGAGAUGGAACUUCAUGGAAGAAAGGCCUGUGGUCAUUGGGUCGUCGUUCCAGUUGAUCCAACAAACCCUAAACUGAAAGGGGGCAGACGGCAUGGUAGCCAUGGCAGUUGUGACAGGCAGUGGUAGUUCAAGCUAUUCAGUGAUGUGGAGGGCAUUAUUUUUCAUAUUAGAACUGUUUCUGGCUGCAUCUAUCAGAGAUUUGGUUCAGGUGCAGUCCGGAAAGUCCUAGAGCAAAUGUCACCUAAUGCGAUGUUAGAUUAACGCCAUGUUGCAGAUGUCGGCUAGGCAGUGAUGAUAAUAAGUCGAGUGCAUCGUAGGGUUAGUAGCUGCAUGGUAAGGGUAGGACUUUUUUUUUCUUUUCAAGUUUGUGGGAACAAAGGCACAGAUCCAUUGUCUGUGUUGUCAAGAACGCCAGCUGAAAAAAGAGAGUCUGGAAAAAGUUCGAAAACGGGGUUGCACCCUUAGAGAACUGUAAAUCUGUUUUGUUUUGGUUUUUAAUUCCAUUAUGGUCUUGUUGGGGAUAAAUAUUAAAUAUUGUUUUUUUCACUUUUCUCCAAUUAGGUCCCCUCUUUUUCGAAUGUUUUUCAGAAACAUUUUAAUUUUCCCAUGGCAAGUAUGUGUCGAUAAAAUUGGCAAACCAUG